AUGUCGAAAGCGAUAACAAAAAAAUUUACGAAUUCAGUGGAAGAUUUUGUCGAUGAUAGUUUGCGAGGACUGCUUUCGGCAAAUAGACAUCUGACAUUUUUAAAUGAUUAUCCGCGCGUUGUGGUGCGCCGGACAGUUGAGGAUGGUAAAGUGACAUUGCUUGCUGGUGGUGGUUCUGGACAUGAACCUUUUCCUGCAGGAUUCGUUGGGAGCAAUUUACUUUCAGCUGCUGUCUGUGGUAACAUCUUUGCUUCACCACCUUCAUCUCAUAUUGUGGCAGCCUUGAAUGCUAUAGAAAAUGAAUGCGGAACUGUCAUUUUCGUGAUCAAUUAUACGGGUGAUCGGCUGAACUUUGGACUAGCUAUUGAACGAAUAAAUUCUGAAAGAUCCAAGACUCUUAUCCCAGUUGAAAUGGUCGUUAUUGGCGAUGAUAUUGCUUUCGACGGAAAUGAUUCAACAUUUGCAAUCGGUCGUCGAGGUUUGGCUGGAGCAGUUUUUGUCCUCAAGAUAGCUGGUGGCAUGGCUGAAAAAGGAUUGAAUUUGAAAGAAAUUGUUAAAGAAUCACGAUUGGUGGAGGAGAACACAGCAACAAUAGGCUCAAGUUUGCUGGCGUGCAGUCUUCCUGGGAAGGGUCGAAUGUUUGAACUAAAAGAAGAGGAGAUGGAGUUGGGAUUGGGUAUCCAUGGCGAAAUAGGAUACGAGCGGAUUCAUUUCACUAGUGCUAGAGAAUUAAUCGACUUGCUAAUAUCAAAAAUAGAAAAAAAUAAAAAGUUUUCACUUGAAAAAGGCUGCGAAAUCGUUUUAUUGUUAAAUAAUCUGGGAAGUUGUUCGCAAAUUGAAAUGAAUCUUUUGGCUGGAGAAGUAAAUAAUUCAAUGAGGUGGCGAGGAUUCACAGUUGUGAGAUUUUACAGUGGAGCUUUUGUAACUUCUUUAGAUGGGCACGGAAUAAGUAUAAGUGUAUUGAAAUUGAUUGAUGAUAGCUGGUUGGAAUACCUUGAUGCUGAAACUAAUGCCUCAGGAUGGAUUAAAGGAUGUGUUCCAAGCGUCAACGAAGUAGUUGGUGUCAAGAUGAAAUAUUCUACAAAAAUUGAUCUAGAAUAUGGCACUGCCCUUAGUGCAGACAACGCUAGAAAAUUCUCACUUUGUAUUAGAAAUGCAUCUAAUGCAAUUCUUGAUGCCGUCGAGGAGCUUAAUCGUCUGGAUAGUGAAGUUGGUGAUGGAGAUUGCGGAACUACUUUAAAACAAGGAGCAAAGAGUAUUAUUUCUGCUCUCGAUAUGGAUAAAUUAAUUUGCAAUCGUCCUUGUGCAACAUUUCAGCAGUUAUCUCAUAUUUUUGAGGAUGUUGUUGGAGGAACAGCUGGAGCGCUGUACGCACUGAUGUUUAAUGCAGCUUCACAAAACUUUUCAAAUUCUGCUUCUUCUGCAGAUUGGGGAAGUGCAUUGAAGAGCGGAUUGGACGGAAUUAUGAAGUAUGGACAUGCUAAGCCUGGAGAUAGAUCUAUGGUUGAUCCUUUAUAUGAGGCAUCGAAAUCGAUUAUUGAUGGGCCAAUGGGCGAAGCUGAAUGGGGAAAUGUGGUAAAGAUGGCAGAAGAUGCAGUGAAUUCAACUCGAAAUAUGCGGGCUCGUUGUGGUCGAGCUUCUUACACAAAUGUGAUUUCGCAAAUAGAACCUGACCCUGGAGCCAAAGCAGUUGCGAUAUGGUUACGAGCCAUUUAUAAAACAUUUUAUGGAAAAAACUGA